GGCUCCUGUUUCCACCUAGAAGAAAAACACUGCUUAAUAACCUAAUCAAUCCACAAUGGCGUCACAACUUCUUCCUCUUGAAUUGAUCGACAAGUGUGUCGGAUCCAGGAUAUGGGUCAUCAUGAAGAACGACAAAGAAUUCGCCGGAACGCUGCUUGGAUUCGAUGACUACGUCAACAUGGUUCUGGAAGACGUGACUGAGUUCGAUUACUCGGGCUCUCAAGUGAAGCUUCCCAAGAUUCUGUUGAACGGAAACAACGUCUGCAUGUUGAUCCCCGGUGGUGAGGGACCCGUCGGUAGCUCUUAGGUCAUGAUAUCCACGAUUCUUCUUCUUUGAUAUGUCAAAAUGGUAAUAGAAUGAACGCUCAUGAUUGAGAUAGACAGUAGUAAUGAUGGAGUUUACUUCUGAC